AUGGGCAAGCGUCCAUACUACCCUCAUUUCAAAGCUUUCAUUGAGAAGCACUGGUCUAAGGAUGUUACAUUGGUGUACUUGAAAAAUGGUUUCUUUUUGGUACGAUUUCAGCACGCAAUGGAUGUACAACAAGUAUUGUCAUGCAUUCAUACUUUUGAAGGCCGAGCCAUCAUCAUCAAAAAAUGGAGUAAGAAUGUUGUUCUUCAGAGAGAAGAUUUUGAUACGUUGCCACUAUGGAUUCGAGUGUAUGAUCUUCUUAUGCAUUGCCGUAACUCUACUUCAAUCUCGAAGGUAUGUUCAAUUUUCUCAACACCAAUUUAUAUGGAUGAUCCAUCUUUACACCGAGAUAAAAGUCAGUUUGUGAGGGUUAUGGUGGAGGCUGAUGUGUGUAAGGAGCUGCCAGAGAAUUUGGUAGUUGAUAUUCAUAGAGAAGAUUGUGCAGUUUUUAUUGAGUAUGAAUGGAAGCCUAUUAUUUGUUCCUUAUGUAAACGUGUUGAUCAUGUUGCUGCGAGAUGUCCUCAAAGAGUUUUAGAACAGGAAAAGCCUAAGAAACAAAUGGUAGAUAAAUGGAUUGUUAAACAAAAAGGGAAAAUGGUAGAGUUUGAAGAUACGCAACAAGUAUCUGUUGAAUUACCUGUGAGACCGAUCCAAAGUUCUCAGGUGGUUACCCAUAACUCCUUUGCAUUAUUAGAUCAGGUGGUUGUUAAAGAGAUUGGUGAAGGAGAGGAUCAUGUCAAUCAAGUAGAUUUGCUUCAAGGAGAGAUAGAUAACAUGAUCAAACAUGAUACUAUUCCUGUUGUUGUUGAGCAGGUCACCAUUAUUGUGGAGAGUAUUGAUACAAGGGUAAUUAGUGAGGGAGAUACUCAUAUUAUGGAAGUUGGUGCUAGUGUGCCAGUUGAAAAUAGUAAACUACAGGUGGAUUCAAUCACUGAACUUGGUAGGGACUUAAGUAAUUUGGCUCCUGUAGGUACAGAUGCUGAUAGUAACAAAUCUCAUAUUACUGCAAAGGCUACUGACAGAAAGAUGGAAGCUACAGAGACACUUGUUACCCCUUCUCAAAGUGAAGGGGGGAUAAGUAAAAAAUCUAGGUAUAGAGCUGUAUCAGCCUCUAAUCGAGUUACUAGAAGUCAUGGAGGGGUUCCUGCCCCGAAUUUAACCUCCAAAUGA